UAGGAGAAUUAGCGAUGUUUAACAUCAGCCGAUGGUUUCACACCAGCAUAAAUCAGGCCGAUUGUAGUUCCAAAGGAUUUGCAUUUACUGCGAAAAUGCAGGAUUCACUGGGGUGGAUAGGAUCGGUUGCGAAAACUGGGAAGUGUUCUCAUAACGCAG